GGUGCAACAACAUGUCCAAGUUUGAUCCCUACCAACACCUAAAUGUUUCCUUAAAUGAGGACGGCUCCUCCCUCAGCCGCUAUGUCCGCCUCCCAUCCGCCCCGCCCACCGGUGACACUGCGGUCGCCGAAGGUCAAACCGCCGUGAGCAAAGACGUCGUCCUCGACACGGGAAAGAAGACGUGGAUGAGGAUGAUCUUCCGCCCCGCUAGAAUCCCAUCGAAUGACGGGUCGAUCGCUAAGCUCCCCGUCAUUUUCUACUUCCAUGCCAGAGGCUGGCCGGAUACAUUUCUCCGUCGCAGAUGCCAUGGUCAACGAGAGCUGUGAACUCCUGUGUAGCGCGACUCCGGCCAUCGUUGUGACCGCGCAGUAUGAGGACGUGCUGGACGCGGUGGCAUGGGUCCGGGACCAAGCCGCCGCGUCCACGAACGGGGAGAAGUGGCUGAACGAUUUUGGUGACUUCUCCCGUUGCUACCCCUACGGGGUUAGCAACGGGGCAAACGUCGCGUACAACGCCGCGUUGCUCGCCCAGGAGCGCGACCUUCGGCCGCUUAACAUGGCGGGGUUGAUAUUGAACCAACCGCUCUUUGAAGGGAAGGAGAGGACGGAGUCCGAGAUGAAGCUCGCGACACACGAAAAGUACAUAUUGUUUAGAAAUAAACCCAGGGUCAUUAACAUUGGGUUUACCCUUUUUUUAGGGCUUUACUUAUGUGAAAUGUUCACUAAAUAGUACUAAAACAUGUCAUUUUCCAAUAUAAUACCCAAACAUUUUUAUUUCUAAAUAGUACUUGAAUAAUGUCUAAUGGCGGGAAUAAUAUCCAGUGAUGAUGAACAUUUAGUUUGAACAAUGACCAAUGGUGGUGGGCAUUUACAUUUGCAGGCGAAAAGUUAUUUUCACAAUAUACUAAAACUCUAGUAGACAUGUUUGUUAAGGAAUCUAGUAGGGUUUGUCGUUAACGGGCUCAUUCUUGUUGGGCUCGUAAUUAGGUCAUAGUCUUGUAGCUAUUAUAAAUAGCGGAUUUAUGUGUAAUCAAAUCAUUCAAGUUUAGUUCUAAUAAUAUUUCUACAUGGUA